GUUCUUUUAAGUUUCUUUUUCCUACCCUUUAUUUAUUAUGCUUUAAAGUUUCAAACUUUACAUGUAUUUUUUGUAGUUGAAUAGUAGAAACAAAGAAACAUGGACAAGUGGCACGUACCCAAAUAGUUCUUCUGUUCUUGCCACCUCUUUGGUUCCUUGUUGUCUCUUCCUUCUAUGGUUGUUCUAAUCAUAACUGACAUUAAAAAUCAGUUUUUUUAAUUUAUUUAUCCUCUGAAAGUAGAUAAAGAGUCUUUUUAUAAAGUGCUUUUGGGCCUUUAAGGACUGAUUUUGAAUGCUCAUGCAAAAUUGCUACUAAGACAUAUGGGAUUAGUCUAUUCAUAACUGAGCCGUAGAACCAUCUAUUUUGGAGCAUUUGAUGAUAGUGAGUGAGUCUUAUCAAGGGAAUUCCUUGAUGGGGAGUAUUUGUUCAUGUAAAAGAGACCACUAUGCUGAUGAGAACAUAACUAGAAGAGGCUUCUCUACUAGAUAUUUCAAAUUGGGGAGCUCAAAAUGGCUAGAGUCCUCCCUUUUUCUGCCCGGCCCGUUUUGUCAACUUCAACGAAGGAGUUGUCCGUCCCUCAUGGAAUUGUGCAUUCGUAAAAUAUGUGAGGACAUCGACAAAUAUCGUUCAUUUUCGAUCCUCCCGAGGGACAUAAGCCAGUUGAUAUUCAACCAUCUGGUCGACUCGUGCAGCCUCUCUGAUAACUGUAUUGAGGCUUUCAGAGACUGCGCCCUGCAUGAUAUGUGCAUGGGAGAAUGUACGAGAGUUAACGAUAAAUGGUUGGACGUCAUAUCUUCACAAGGAUCGUCAUUAUUAUCUGCAUAUAUCUCUAGCACUGAGGUUACAGAUUUUGGUUUAAGCCUCCUAAGGAAUUGCUCAAACCUCCAAGCUUUAGGUUUGGAUUGCUGCGACAAAAUUUCUGCCCAUGGCAUAAAGCACAUCACCGGUUUUGGAAACUUGACAUACUUGGGUUUUAGAAAAUGCUGUGGGCUUAGUGCUGAAGCAAUGAAAAGUUUAUCCAGCUUAAUGAAACUAGUCAAGUUGGAUUUUGAGCGAUGUCCUCAAAUUCAUGGAGGCUUUAACCAUCUUGAAGGUUUGACGAAUCUUGAGUCUCUCACUAUAAGAAGCUGCAAGUGUAUUAUGGAUUCAGACUUGAAGCCUUUUGCAGGGCUCGUGAAUUUGAAGGAACUUCAGAUUUCAUGUAACGACAUAACAAAUGUUGGAGUGUCUUAUUUGAGAGAUUUAGACAAACUUGUCGUGCUAAACUUGGAAGGGUCUGAUGUUACUGCUUCAUGUUUGGAUUACCUCACCGCUCUCACUUCACUGAAAUCUCUAAAUCUCAAUAGAUGUCAUCUAACAGAUGACGGAUGUGAGAAGUUUUCGGCACUCAGCAAUUUGAAAGAGUUGAAUCUGGGAUUUAACAAUAUCACCGAUACAUGUUUGGGACAUUUAAAAGGGCUGACAAAAUUGGAAGGCCUCUACUUGGAUUCUUGUAGGAUUAGCAAUGACGGUCUUGCUCAUUUAGCUGGCCUUUCAAACUUGAAAGCUUUGGAGCUGUCUGAUACUGAAGUUGGAAGCAAUGGAAUCCUUCAAUUCUCUGGGUUGACAAAGUUGGAGGAUCUCAAUCUCUCGUUCACCUCAGUAACUGACAGUGGUUUGACAAAGUUAUCCGGAUUGACUUCUCUUAGGUCACUUAACCUUGAUACUCGUCAAAUCACAGACUCAGGGCUUGCAAUUCUCACUACAGGUUUAACUGGAUUGACUCACCUGGAUCUCUUUGGUGCUCAGAUCACGGAUUCCGGGACAAAGUAUCUGACAUAUUUCAGAAGCCUCCAAUCGCUUGAUCUCUGUGGUGGUCGGUUGACGGAUGCUGGUGUCAAGAACAUAAAGGAUCUUUCUUCUUUGAUGUUGCUGAACCUGUCACAAAACUUGAAGCUAACAGAUACAGCCUUAGAGUUUCUAUCAGGAUUGACAUCACUGGUUUCUUUAAAUGUCUCAAACUCUCGUAUCACCAAUGAAGGCUUGCAGCACCUGAAGCCUCUCAAGAAUUUACGCUCGCUGUACCUGGAAUUCUGUGGGGUGACAGCAUGUGAAAUCAAGAAACUUCAAGCUACAGCGCUUCCAAAUCUUGCGCGAUACCGCCCUAAUCAAUGAUAAUAGGUUAUCGUGGAUGUGACAUUAUAGAUGGACAGCCUUUCUGGUGUGUAAAUAGACAGAAUAACACCAAAUGGUUAUGAUCUGCACAUGUAGUUUACUCUGUUUGUAGUUGUUUAAUACUGUUAUAUCCAAUAAAUAGAAUAACACCAAAUGCUUAUUAUCUGCAUAUAUAGUUUACUCUGUAGUUGUUAAACACUGUUAUAUCCAAUAUAAAGUAAUAAUCUGAACU